AUGCCCGGCACCAUCUGGUCCUUCUCGCAAGCCCGGCGGCUGGGCCCGGGGCCGGAGACAACCCUGGUGCAGGGACCGGGGGUCUCCUGGGUCCACCCGGACGGGGUGGGCGUCCAGAUCGACACCAUCACCCCGGAGAUCCGGGCCCUCUACAACGUGCUGGCCAAGGUGAAGAGGGAGCGCGACGAGUACAAGCGCAGAUGGGAAGAGGAGUACACGGUGCGUGUCCAGCUUCAGGACCGAGUGACUGAGCUGCAGGAGGAAGCCCAGGAGGCUGAAGCCUGCCAGGAGGAGCUGGCCAUGAAGGUGGAGCAGCUCAAGGCAGAGCUUGUUGUCUUCAAGGGACUGAUGAGCAAUAACAUCACGGAGCUGGACACCAAGAUCCAGGAGAAGGCCAUGAAGGUGGACAUGGACAUCUGCCGACGCAUCGACAUCACUGCCAAGCUGUGCGAUGUGGCACAGCAGCGGAACUGCGAGGACAUGAUCAAGAUGUUUCAGCAACUGGUCCCAGCCUCGGUGGGGCGGAAGCGGGAGCGCAAGCAGGUCAGUGACGAAGACACCUCGCUGUCAGAGAGCGAUGCCUCCCGAAAACCUGAUGAGGAAGAGGAGGACGAGACCACAGCCAUGAGUAUCAAUGAGGAAAUGCAGAGGAUGCUGAACCAGCUGCGGGAAUAUGACUUUGAAGAUGACUGUGACAGCCUCACAUGGGAGGAAACAGAAGAAACGCUGCUCCUCUGGGAGGACUUCUCCGGAUAUGCCAUUGCAGCUGCAGAGGUGCAGGGGGAGGUAACGGACGACAGCCUGGAGAAGGUGAUCAAGGACACAGAGUCACUGUUCAAGAGCCGUGAGAAGGAGUACCAAGAAACCAUCGACCAAAUAGAGCUGGAGCUGGCCACGGCCAAGAAUGAUAUGAACCGGCACCUGCACGAGUACAUGGAAAUGUGCAGCAUGAAGCGAGGCUUGGACGUGCAGAUGGAGACUUGCCGGCGGCUCAUCACCCAGUCUGGGGACAGAAAGUCUCCUGCCUUCACCCCGGCCUCCAACAGCGAGUCGGCCCCAAACGAGGAGAGUGAGGAGUCCGACCGUGACCACCCCAGCGAUGCUUCCAUCAGAUAA